AUGUGUCGCUUUCUGGUAUACAAAGGCAGCGAUGAGAUACUGCUCUCCAAGCUAAUCCUCGACCCAACACAUUCGAUCCUUAAGCAGUCUUUUGAUUCGCGACUACGACUGGACACGCGACGAGGGCAGAACAAUGCCGAUGGCUUCGGUAUCGGUUUUUACACAGACCCAAAGUUAGGCUCCGCGCCCUGCCUAUUCACAUCGACAACACCCGCAUGGAACUGCGCAAACCUUCAGCGCAUUGCGUCAAAGACCGCCUCUCGACUCGUAUUUGCCCACGUCCGCGCCACGACCGAAGGCUCCACAAACGAGGACAAUUGCCAUCCUUUCACACACGGUAGCUUGAUGUGGAUGCAUAAUGGUGGCCUCGGUGGCUGGAAGUAUAUUAAACGCCGACUAGGCAGCCAGCUUGCGGACAAGUGGUACUUGGGCGUACAAGGUGGUACUGAUAGCGAGUGGGCUUUUGCCCUCUUUCUCGACACCCUAGAACGUCUCGGCCAUGACCCAAGCGCAUGCCCUCCCACAGGCUUCGGCCCAACCGUUUUACGCAGAGCUCUCGAGAAGACGAUCGCCAUGAUCAACGAGCUCACAGACUCCAUCCCAAAGGAGAUACUCGAAAGCGAGAAUGUCGACACACGCAGUCUGCUCAAUUUUGCCGUCACAGAUGGCUACAGCACCAUCUGCACGCGAUACAUCAGCAGCGCACGUGACGAAGCUGCUAGCUUGUACUAUUCUUCGGGAACACGGUGGGAGACGAGAACAGGCGCUGCCGACGACAGACAGUACCACAUGGAGCGCCAGGAUAAGGGUGCCGACAUUGUCCUAGUGGCGAGCGAACCUCUAACGUUUGAGCGAGAGAAUUGGGUCAACGUGCCCACCAACUCUAUUUUGACUAUUCACCGGCAGACGGUCAUGGUGCAUCCAAUUCUUGACAAGUACUAUGAAAGGGACCCCUUUCAUGUGCGCUCCAGCGCAUUUGUGCACACGAAAGGCCUUGUGUCAAACGAAAAACCUCCAAGCGGGUCGCUCAGUCCCAGUAUUGAUGCACCUUCAUCGAGCAUCUUUGAAAACAUUAAGAGCAUUGGGCAGUCAUCUCUGUCACGGAGCAUAAGCCCAGAUUUUGCGCGCGUCUCUUUGACCCCGACAGGCAGCCGGCCGCUUCUGACUACUCACCGCAGCAAACCGUCUUCAUAG